AUGUCGACAGAGAACAAAGAUGAAUUAAUCGAUAUUAUUAACGGUUUACCACCGCCUGAAUUUCUUGACUCACUCGAUCCUGAGACCCGAACAUUAUUUACAUUUAUGAUAAUAUUACUCAAAGUUUAUCCGGUGCUUGUAUUUACAUUGGGUUCAUUUGGAAAUUUACUUUCAUUUUGCGUAUUAAUUCGUACCGGUAUGAGACGCUAUUCAACGUUUUGUUAUUUAGCUUGUCUUGCUCUUGUUGAUCUUGGAGUCAUAAUCACAUUUAGCGUCAAUUUUAUAUCUUUGUAUCAUAUUGAUUACGAUCUACAAGCUGAGGCAUUUAAAUGUAAAUUAUAUGCAUUUUGCAUUUAUUUUCUUCCACAAUAUUCAUCAUGGAUAUUAGUUGCUGUUAGUAUUGAUCGUGUUAUAUCAGCAAAAUAUCUUCGUUUAGCUAAAACAUGGUCGAAACCGAAACAUUCAGUAUUUGUAACAUUUUUACUUGGUGUAUUUCUCGGUAUUCUGAAUGGUCAUUUUUUUCUUUAUGAAAACAAUGUAAUUAAAGAACGAAAUCAACAACGAACUAAGAUUGCUGGUGAACAACAACAAUUACAUAAUAAUGCCAGCUCACUCUAUUCAUUUUUUACACAUAAUACAUUUGAUCGUUAUCAUGAACAUUAUGCAUUCUUGAAUAGUUUUUCAGGUUCAGGAGCAAGUGAUUCAUCUGUAUCCUAUGAAUCAGUUACACCACUACCAAUAGAAUCUGUCAAUCGAGACACAACGUUACAAGAUCAAUUGGAUAGUGUAAUAACUGUUACACAAAACUCACUGCGUCGUUUUGAUGUUAACAUGAUAUAUUGUUCAAUGGAAAAUACCAAAAAAUAUCAAUGGCUUUAUGCUUGGUGGGUUUGGAUUGAUCUUGCUAUGAAUGUAUUCAUACCAUUCACCGCUAUGAUUGCUUGUACAAUAAUCAUUAUUUUAACACUUGUUCGUUCAUCAUCACGAGCCGGUUCAACAUCAGCUCGUCGUUCACGUCGUCGUCGCAAUAUAUCUGUGAUGCUAAUCACUGUCAAUCUUGUUUUUAUUAGUUUAACAGCUCCAAUCGUUAUAUUCUUAGGUGUAUAUGACUUUGUUAAGGGUGACAGUAAUUCAUACCGACUCACAGUAUUGCUGUUAAUUAAAGUAUUUUGCAUCAUAUUAAUGAAUCUUAAUCACUCAGUUAAUAUUAUUAUUUAUUCAGUUACAGCGAAAGAAUUUCGUUCUGAAAUGACUAAUUUUUUACACGCAUGUCUAUAUUGUAUUGUUGGAAAACCAACCAAUCCAGCCGAUUUUCCACGUAUCCCUGAUGAUGGAGCGUUAUUAUCACGUUUCAGACAUAAUCUAUUUAAAUGUUGCCGAAUGAAAAUUCAUUCAAAUUCAACUAAUACAACGGAUUCAAGUGGUUUACAACACACAACAGCUCCUCCACCAGUGAAUCAGACUCGUUUAUCAAAUAGUAAAAAAACUAAUAAACGUAAACGUUUAGAACGAAAUGGAAAUCGAAAAUGUUCAAUUGUACCUAAUAGUGAACCAUUAACAAAUAAAUGUAAUCAUCGCCUAACUGUACAAUUGCAAGCGGAUCCAGCAUCAUCUAUAUAUGAACGUGAUGAUGUAUCAUUUCAUGGUUUGUCUAUAUCAACUGAAGAUGAAGAAAAAUAA